AUGGCCGAGGGACAGAAGAAGCUUAACCCGUCAGUGAUUGCCGCACUCAAGGUCCUGUGCGAAGCAACAGAGGACGACCUGAUGGAUGCCUUGGAGGAGUUCAGGGUCGCUCACCGUGCCCGCUUGUCAGCGCUUCUGGGACAGAGUGUAGCUGAAGGCUUGGAAGCUUUCAAGCAGCCAUACAACGAAGCCAGCACGUACGACCCGGCAGCCCUGGCAGUAGCCCUGUUCGGAGAGCUUCCGGUUUUGCCGGACCCCGGUAGCGAUCCCACUGCAACUGGCUCGGGCGAUGUACAGCCGGCCCACACAUGGGGUCAGCCGGAGGAUGACGGCCCUCCAGUCAGCGCUGGUAUUCAGACAGUACCGGCCGACUACAUGGACGAGAUCCUCCCCGAGUUAGACUAUGCCCACUUCGAUGUAGCCAACAGGUCAGCGUGUGCAGCCGACACUGGCUCCUUGUUCGGAGGCCCCGUGCAGCCAGCCAAGGACGCGGUGUUUGCAGGCAAGGGGUCCCCGGGACGAAGGGCGGUGCUCUGUGUAGGAAGUGUCCUCCUACAUUUCCUGCCGACUCUGCCAGUUCGGGGGCGGCCUCCUCUAGUUCGGGGACAGCUGUUACCAAGGACGCCGAGCACUCCAAGAAGGCCAGUCAGCCACAGGAGAACCCGCAUCCGAAGCCUAAAGCAGCUGGUGACCCUGGGCCGCAGCCUAAGCUCCCGUCAGGCCCUCCCCUGGGUACUUUCCGGGCUACACCGGCGACCCUAG